ACGCUGAACUCUCAGGCAAAGCCCUGACGCUGAACUCUCACGCAAGACGAGAUCCCUACGCGAGAGCCGGAGACACGGAGCCACCGCCCACGCGCGCCGCCCGGGCCAAUCCGGGACCCGCCCUACCCACCGCGCACACGCACGCACCCACCGGGACCCUCGCCUGCCGGGCGCUGGCUUCUUAUUGGCUAGGGCUUGGUGUGGGCGGGACGAGAAGAAGCCGGCUGGACGGCGAGCGUGGGUGAGAGCCAGAAACUAGUGGGAACCUGAGUCCUGUCCCUGUAGGAGGAUUCUUCAGCCACUAUGUCAACCGGCACAGAUGUUUCUCUUUCUUCCUAUGAUGAAGAUCAGGGAUCUAAACUUAUUCGAAAAGCUAAAGAGGCACCGUUUGUUCCCAUUGGAAUGGCCGGGUUUGCAGCAAUUGUUGCAUAUGGAUUAUAUAAAUUGAAGAGCAGGGGAAAUACUAAAAUGUCUGUUCACUUGAUCCACAUGCGUGUGGCAGCCCAAGGCUUUGUUGUAGGAGCAAUGACUCUUGGUAUGGGGUAUUCCAUGUACAAGGAAUUCUGGGCAAAGCCUAAACCUUAGAAGAAGAGAAGCUGUCUCAGUUUUGUUGGUGGUGUUUGCUUUAGUUAGGCAUUUCAUAUUGAGUUUAUAUGUUUAUGUUGAAAAUAAAUCAUUUGAAUGGGUCAGAUAAUAUGGUAGUUUAAGUAUUGGCUUCCUGUCUUGCAGGCUUGAUUUGCCUGGUUACCAGACUACUAGUGACCAGUCAACUAGCUAGGUCAUUCAGGGGAGUCACAUUAGCACAAAAGAAGAAACAUGUCACUUUUAAAUGGACUGGACAGUGGUAAAAUAUGCUCCUCCUUAAACUCUUAUGAUCAAAUCAGUUAGAAAGAGGACAGUGUGCCAGUCCUGAAGUACUCGUAGUUGCUGAUUUGAUUCUAGUAUCAAAACAUGCUUUUGAUGUUAUGUAGGAAUCCCAUUUAACUUUUUUCUGCCUAUUUUGCAGAUUGAUUGGGUACUUCAGUUUUUAGGACUGGUUGGCUCUUAAUCCUUUCAGAACAGUGCAUGGAAUAUAGUAAGCUUCCCAACAACCUAAAAUACGUUUAUUUAAACUAAACCUAAAAAGCCGAUAAAGAGCUGUUUAGAGUAAUAUUUAUUUCAGAAUCAUAGUUGUAAACAUGAGAAUAACCUAACUGUGGAUCCCAGUUUAGCUUUUUUUGUAACUGCAGAGUUAUAUUUAUGCUGCUGUUGUAUUAGAAUAAUUUCUAAAUGUUGAAAUGUGUAUUUUAAGUACUAAUGCAAAGGUUAAGUGACAAACACUUUUUUAAAUGUAUGAAGCUUGUUUAUUUUCUCUGUAAGAAUCAUAAAUGUUAACAAAUUACCUACAGUUGAAGUGAUUGAUGAUUUUAUUCACAAGGUAGUUUGGUCAGACAUAAUACACAAACUUUGGUAUACUCCAGAAUGCUUUAUUACAUUUGUGAAAUUUUCUUGUCUAACCUAAAUUUACAUUCCAUGGUGAUAACAUGGUAAAUGUAGUGUUAGUAAAGAAGGUGAACACAUCA